AUGAGCUUCCUCCCCAGAGUGGCUCGUGCUCCCUCAGAGAUAGAGGAGCUCAGGUACACGGGGGGAGCUCAGUACAACCCUGACCAGUACAACCCUGACCAGUACAACCCUGACCAGUACAACCCUGACCAGUACAACCCUGACCAGUACAACCCUGACCAGUACAACCCUGACCAGUACAACCCUGACCAGUACAACCCUGACCAGUACAACCCUGACCAGUACAACCCUGACCAUACAACCCCUGACCAGUACAACCCUGACCAGUACAACCCUGACCAGUACAACCCUGACCAGUACAACCCUGACCACGACAGUACAACCAGUACAACCCUGACCAGUACAACCCCUGACCAGUACAACCCUGACCAGUACAACCCUGACAGUACAACCCUGACCAGUACAACCCUGACCAGUACACCACCCCCUGACCAGUACAACCCUGACCAGUACAACCCUGACCAGUACAACCCUGACCAGUACAACCCUGACCAGUACAACCCCUGA